GGAAGGACAGAUUAGUAACUGAGGCUUUGACAUUUUUCUCUGAAAUGGUGAGUAAAGGAAUUCAGCCAAACGUUUUCACUUACGGUUCUUUGAUUGAUGGUUACUGUUUGCAAAAUAGAAUAGAUGAAGCAGUCAAAACAUUUGAUAAGAUGGUUCGAAAGGGUUGUUCCUCUUCUGUUGUUAGCUAUAACAUAUUGAUCAGUGGAUAUUGUAAAGAUAAGAGAAUUGAUGAGGCAAUGAGUCUUUUCCGUGAAAUGACUAACAAUGGCAUGAUUCCCGAUUUUGUCACUUACAACACUCUUAUUGGCGGGUUUUUGCAAGUUGGGAGACCUAAGACUGCACAAGAGCUACUCCAUAAGAUGCAAGGUUGUGGUCAACAUCCUAAUCUCCAAACUUAUGCUAUUUUGGUAGAUGGCCUCUAUAAGAAUCAUCACUUUCCAGAAGCAAUUGCAUUGUUUCAUGAGAUGGAAGACAAAAAGUUGGACCUUGAUAUUGUGGUUUACAACGUCUUGAUUGAUGGUAUGUGUAAUGUUGGAAAAAUUACGGCUGCAAGAGAACUUUUUAAUGCUCUUCCUACCAAAGGUUUGCAAGCUGAUGUUUGGACUUAUACUAUAAUGAUCAAAGGGCUUGGCAAAGAGGGACUACUAAAUGAAGCAAGGGAGCUAUUUGAGAAAAUGGAAGAAAAUGAUUGUCAACCUGACCAUAUCACAUAUAACACAAUCAUCCAAGGCUUAUUGCAACAUAAUGAGAUAUCAUGGGAAGUGAAAUAUCUCCAAAUUAUGGUUAACAAGGGUUUCUUGGCAAAUGCGACCACAAUAACCAUUUUGAUCAACUUGUUGACUACUAAUCAGGCAGAUAAAACAUUACAAGAUUUUUUUUCUAAAAUCUGUGUGAAAGAUUUCUAGUUCUUCAACUUGCAGGACAAAUUUGAUAUUCUAACCGUUACAUAGUCAAUCUUUAAGGCAGUAAAGCUGCAAGUCAUUAAGGUAACAAUCCAAAUGAGGAUGAAGGUGAGUCAGAGGAUGAGGACACGUAAGAGCUCCUUCAGUGAUGGUUUUUGAAGGGUUGUUUGUACAUAUUUUGGUUGCUUUAGUGGACCAUUCUCCUGGAUAUUUAGAGUAUGUGAUGUGUUGAGCAAAUAUUUUGACAUAUUUUUUUUUUU